UGUGACAGUCACUACAUGAAAAGAGUUCGUGCGGGAAAGACAGCGAGUUUCAUUUAACCAACAACAUCAAAUUGACUUGAGUGCCUCGUGAAAUACGAACAAGGUUUGCCUAAGUGAAAAUCAAUUCAUGAAGUGAAGUGAAAAAACCUAUAACUCUACUAAGCACAUUGUAUGAGCAUUUAAACCAAAGGCUACAGUGAUUUCCUGUGGGUAGCUUCAGCCAAAUAUAAUUGAAAGACGAUAGUUCCAUUAGUAACCAUAAUAUGGAAGCUCAACAGGCAUCAACAUCUUCUGACUGCUACGAAUGUGGAAGUAAUCCCGGCAACCAUGGCAUCAAUUACGAGAAGGAUCUCGCAUUCGUAACCUUUGUGGCGGCUUCCUUGGAAGAAAGUAAGUUCAAGCUGGCCGUAGAGAUGACAGCAGCAGAGAAAUUCGAUGACGUGAUAGUUUUCAAAGAAGAAUCCAAAGAGGUGUUGUUAUUCCAAGCCAAACAUUCCAAUAGAGGAGAGCACGUAAUGUUCGACGACCUAUUCUCUAAUGAUCCGAGAAAAAGCAAAGACUUUGCUUUUUCUCGGUAUAUUCAAUCCUAUCUGAGGAUUAGAGAAAAUAAAGUUUUUGAAAGUUAUAAACCAACAAUCAUUAUAUUCACUAAUAAAAAACUGGAACAAAUCGAUAAGCGUAAGCAGUUGAUCAAUAUCCAAGUACAAAACGUGAACAGCAUCAUUAAAUGGUGCGAUUCCAAGAAAAAUCUUUGUUUUCAGCCACUUAACGAUGAAGCAGUCAGAAAAAUUAAAGAUAUAAUAAAUUCAGAGCUGUUCCAAAUCCAAGAAGACAUAUACAAACUUGUGAAAACUGGAAAAAUUUCCGAUUUGCUGAUCCAAUACAAGACACCAUUGCAAAAUAUUCUUAAAAUUGCUGAUGGAAAAAUAAGUUUCAAAGAGCCUGCAGUGGAUAGCAAAGAUAUGAUAACUCAUCGAUGGAUGCUUGCCGAGUUUAAUUGGAAGCCGAAUGAAAACUUUCCAAUGAAUAGAUUAGAUGACAAAACUGUUAAAAGCUUGAAAAGUGUUUUUUUUACCGGAAAAUCGAGGAACAAUCUUCUUCCUGUGAUUGUCGAAGAAGAACAAAUGCGGGAAUUUUUUCAAAGUUUAAUUUUCUGUAUAGAACAACCAACUGACCUAAGAAGUGUUGCCGAGAAAAUGAUAAGCUCCUGGAUGCCCAGGUGGGUUGACAGUGAUCUUGAACGGGAAUCAAAAUAUUUUUUAGACUGUUUUGACGAAGUAUUCAAAAAAUGGCACGCACAGAUAUUGAAACAAAAAGACUAUCUUACAUUUCACAAACAGGGUUUGGAUUGCAUUCAAUAUAUGAAGUCAGAAUUGAAGAAAAAAUUUGAAAGGAAACAUUCUUCGAUUGCAUCCAAUUUGUCAAUAUAUGUCUCGCGCACCAUAAUUAAAACAAUAAAUAAAACAGACGACGACAAAAUAGCACCACAAACUAAUCGCUUUACAUUGAAUCACGAAUCAUUUGGAGGGAAAAGCAAAGUACAAACUAUCCAAAUGAGUGAUCAGGAUUUUAUAGAACAGAUCUAUCAGCAGAAUGCGGUAUCAGCAGGAACGAAAUGUCAAAUACUGAUUGGAGAACCCGGUAUGGGAAAAACCACAUUAAUUUAUAACUUGUUUUGGCAAUCACAAAACCUAAAAAAUGUAGCCGUUUAUCUUAUCUGUUUAAAAAAUCUUAAUUUUUGUGAAGAAAAAAAAAAUGAUCCCCUGCACAUCUUCGAACAUGAAUUGCCCCAAGAGAGUAGGAAUAUUUUGCGAAAUUAUUUAGAAAGUUCGGAAAUUCAAAUUGUAUUCAUUUUAGAUGGGUUUGAUGAAAUGAAUCCAGCUCACCAACAAUCAGUACUGACAAUAUUUGAAAAAAUUCUGGAGAAAAAGAACACUCAAUUCAUAAUUACGGGAAGGAAACAUGUUUGCAAACUGCUCGAGGAUAGAUUUAAAGCGCAUGCGUUGAAGCUGAAACCGUUCGACUACAACGAACAAGUAAAAUUUUUAAAAUUGUUUUGGAGGGUGGAAAGCAGUGAAGCUCUUUUCAUGAAAUUUGCCGAGCAGUUGCUCAAAAAGUUCCAUAACGAAAUCAAAGGGAACGAUUACGACUUCGCAGGGCUUCCCCUGAUGGUACGAAUGUUGGCCGAGGUUUAUGCGGAUGAUUUUCAGAAGUUUCUCAAAACUGAAACAGCUGAUGCAACUUGUAUAUUUGAGUCGGAAAAACUUAAUGUACUCAAUUUGUUUGAAAAGUUUGUGAAAAUAUCUUUCAAUUUAAAAAUGAAGAGUAAGGAUAGAAAAGCUGUAUACGCAUAUGAUGAAAUUGAGGAUAAAAUUGAUGAGGAAAUAGAACCUAGUUUUGAUUUCUGUAUGGAACAACUUAAAUUGUUAGCCAUCCGAUGUUUGGAAAUCGAAGAGUUGCAAGAUGUUAUAAAGAAACCUCCGUUUAAUAAAAACAACAAUCGACUUCUGGAACGUUUUCGAAGAGGAAAUGAAAAAUCUAUGCUUAUCAGUGCCUCAUCUGCAGAUAAAAUAGAUUUCAUUCAUUUGUCGUAUGCUGAAUACUUUGUUGCAAAAUUUUUGUUUGAUCACAUAGAUGAAUGCAAAUUUUCACUGAUGAAAAUAAUACAAGAUCGAGAUGUUGUACGACAAUUUUUCUUCUUAAUGGUGGAGCACAACUGUAAUGAAAAUUCUGAACAAAUGCAAAUAGUGCAAAGUCUGUAUAGUCAGAACACAGUGGUUGUCGUCUGGGCUUGUCUUGGUGGUAACGAGAAAAUAGCAAUGCGUUUGCUACGAAAGUCGAAAAUCAAAUCUAAUGACCCAUACCACAAAAUUCUUAUGCACGCCGCAGUUGAUGGAGGUUCAACCGGUUUAGUUAUGGCAUUACUUGGUGAAUUUCAAUUAUCUGUGAACAUUCAAUACGGUCAUAAUUUUAAUGAUUGCGAUGAAUUGCCGAUAGAUAUGUUUGGAAAAGAUUCAAAAUUCAUUUUUCAUGGAACUCCUCUGCAUACAGCCGCUGGCAAGGGUAAUAUUGAAAUGGUGAAAUUGCUAAUUGAUCACAAUGCAAAUAUUGACACUAAGGACGAUGAAGGAUGUACACCUCUCCAUUAUGCAUCCCGGAAUGGUAAUCUUGAGAUGGUGAAAUUACUGAUUGAUAACAGAGCAAAUGUUGACACUACGCAAAAUGAAGGAUGGACACCUCUCCAUUAUGCAUCCCAAAAUGGUCAUAUUGAUGUUGUGAAAUUACUGAUUGAUAACAGAGCAAAUGUUGACACUACGCAAAAUGAAGGAUGUACACCUCUCCAUAAGGCUGCUGAAAAUGGUCAUCUUGAUGUUGUGAAAUUACUGAUUGAUAACAAAGCAAAUGUUGACACUGCGCAAAGUGAAGGAUGGACACCUCUCCAUUAUGCAUCCCGGAAUGGUAAUCUUGAGCUGGUGAAAUUACUGAUUGAUAAUAGAGCAAAUGUUGACACUGCGCAAUAUGAAGGAUGGACACCUCUCCAUUAUGCAUCCCGGAAUGGUCAACUUGAUGUUGUGAAAUUACUGAUUGAUAAUAGAGCAAAUGUUGACACUACACAAAAUGAAGGAUGUACACCUCUCCAUUAUGCAUCCCAGAAUGGUAAUCUUGAGCUGGUGAAAUUACUGAUUGAUAAUAGAGCAAAUGUUGACACUGCGCAAUAUGAAGGAUGGACACCUCUCCAUUAUGCAUCCCAAAAUGGUCAACUUGAUGUUGUGAAAUUACUGAUUGAUAAUAGAGCAAAUGUUGACACUACACAAAAUGAAGGAUGUACACCUCUCCAUUAUGCAUCCCGGAAUGGUAAUCUUGAGCUGGUGAAAUUACUGAUUGAUAAUAGAGCAAAUGUUGACACUGCGCAAUAUGAAGGAUGGACACCUCUUCAUUAUGCAUCCCGGAAUGGUCAACUUGAUGUUGUGAAAUUACUGAUUGAUAAUAGAGCAAAUGUUGACACUACACAAAAUGAAGGAUGUACACCUCUCCAUUAUGCAUCCCGGAAUGGUAAUCUUGAGCUGGUGAAAUUACUGAUUGAUAAUAGAGCAAAUGUUGACACUGCGCAAUAUGAAGGAUGGACACCUCUCCAUUAUGCAUCCCAAAAUGGUCAACUUGAUGUUGUGAAAUUACUGAUUGAUAAUAGAGCAAAUGUUGACACUACACAAAAUGAAGGAUGUACACCUCUCCAUUAUGCAUCCCGGAAUGGUAAUCUUGAGCUGGUGAAAUUACUGAUUGAUAAUAGAGCAAAUGUUGACACUGCGCAAUAUGAAGGAUGGACACCUCUUCAUUAUGCAUCCCGGAAUGGUCAACUUGAUGUUGUGAAAUUACUGAUUGAUAAUAGAGCAAAUGUUGACACUACACAAAAUGAAGGAUGUACACCUCUCCAUUAUGCAUCCCGGAAUGGUAAUCUUGAGCUGGUGAAAUUACUGAUUGAAAAUAGAGCAAAUGUUGACACUGCGCAAAAUGAAGGAUGGACACCUCUCCAUUAUUCAUCCCAAAAUGGUCAUCUUAAGGUGGUGAAAUUACUGAUUGAAAAUAAGGCAAACGUUGACACUACGCAAAAUGAAGGAUGGACACCUCUCCAUUAUGCAUUCCAAAAUGGUCAUCUUGAGGUUGUUAAAUUUCUGAUUGAUAAUGGAGCAAAUGUUGACACUAUGAAUACUAGAGGGUCGACAUCUUUUCAUAUAGUAUCCCAAAAUGGCCGUCUUGUGCUUGUGAAAUUACUGAUUGAUAAUCGAGCAAAUGUUGACACUACGGACAAUGAAGGAUGGACACCUCUCCAUUAUGCAUCCCAAAAUGGUCAUCUUGAGGUUGUGAAAUUUCUGAUUGAUAAUGGAGCAAAUUUUGACACUAAGAAUACUAGAGGGUCGACAUCUUUCCAUAUAGCAUCCAAAAAUGGCCGUCUUGAGGUUGUGAAAUUACUGAUUGAUAAUGGAGCAAAUGUUGACACUACGAACAAUGAAGGAUGGACACCUCUCCAUUAUGCAUCCCGAAAUGGUCAUCUUGAGGUUGUGAAAUUACUGAUUGAUAAUGGAGCAAAUGUUGACACUAAGAAUGCUAGAGGGUCGACAUCUUUCCAUAUAGUAUCCCAAAAUGGCCGUCUUGAGGUUGUGAAAUUACUGAUUGAUAAUAGAGCAAAUGUUGACACUACGGACAAUGAAGGAUGGACACCUCUCCAUUAUGCAUCCCGAAAUGGUCAUCUUGAGGUUGUGAAAUUACUGAUUGAUAAUGGAGCAAAUGUUGACACUAAGAAUACUAGAGGGUCGACAUCUUUCCAUAUAGCAUCCAAAAAUGGCCGUCUUGAGGUUGUGAAAUUACUGAUUGAUAAUGGAGCAAAUGUUGACACUACGAACAAUGAAGGAUGGACACCUCUCCAUUAUGCAUCCCGAAAUGGUCAUCUUGAGGUUGUGAAAUUACUGAUUGAUAAUGGAGCAAAUGUUGACACUAAGAAUGCUAGAGGGUCGACAUCUUUCCAUAUAGUAUCCCAAAAUGGCCGUCUUGAGGUUGUGAAAUUACUGAUUGAUAAUGGAGCAAAUGUUGACACUACGUACAAUGAAAGAUGGACACUUCUCCAUGAUGCAUCCCUAAAUGGUCAUCUUGAGGUUGUGAAAUUAUCGAUUGAUAAUGGAGCAAAUGUUGACACUACGAAAAAUGAAGGAUAGACACCUCUCCAUAUGGCUGCUGAAAAUGGUCAUCUUGAGGUUGUUAAAUUACUGAUUGAUAAUGGAG